AUGGCACCAAGAAAACCAAAGAAAGUAGUUUCGGUGACGAAGAAGAAGAAAGUAGUUGAAGAGACAAUCAAAAUAACCGUAACCGAAGGAGAUCCAACUAUUACAACCGAGACAGAGACACAAGAUCAAGAAACACAAGAUCUCACUUUGUCCAUUCCCGUCGAAGAAAACGUUACUAACGUUGAGAUUCCGGUGAAUAUCGGAGAUGAUCAGUCACCUCAACCGCCUGAAACUCCCGCUCCUGCAAGUGAAGGCACCGUGAAAGAGACCCAUAAGCAAGUGCAUCCAGAGUUAGCUAUAACGUCGAAGGCCAUGUCGGUGCUUAACAUGUUCAUGGGAGAUAUGUUCGAGAGGAUUGCGGAGGAAGCGGCGAGGUUAAACGAUUAUACGAAGCGGAGGACGUUGUCUUCGAGGGAGAUCGAGUCGGCGGUGAGGCUGGUUUUGCCGGGAGAACUUAGCCGUCAUGCCGUGGCUGAAGGAACUAAAGCUAUUAGUAACUAUGUUUCUUAUGAUGCCAAGAAACGUUAG